AUGGAUGCGUUGAAGGUUUCAAAAGUCUGUGUGAGGAUUGCUUUGGUGCUUGCAAACACAACAGGAUUUAUUCCAAUGUAUCCCGAUCAUGAUUCUGUUCGAAAUGAAGCUCAGCGUCAAAAAGAUCAAGGCUUUCCACCUUGUCACUGCGAAAUUUGUGAGCCAGAGGAGUGUGAAAUCCUAGUCCGGAACCUCCACUUGUUUACAUCAUCCAACUUCGAAGAGGGUUUAAAAGACCCACGAUCACUUGACCCCGAUGCCGACUAUAGUCCAGCUGGGAUGAAAGCAGCAGAGAAAAGUGGUACUAUUGUAAACAAGCGAAAGAAAGUCAAUCAAUCUAGAGAGACUGAAGACAUCGACUUCCUUGACCUGAUACACGAGCUAACGCAAGUGUUCUCAGAUCACUUUGGAUCGAUCUACAAGGAUCAGGCUCCGUUUCCGCCGUCUGUCCUUUUUGGAGAAAUUCAUCUUAACAAAAUAAUUGAUCACAUUGAAUCAAUCAAUACUGAAGAGGACUUAAGUGAAGUUAUCGGUGGUGAUGCUUUGUUGGGAAGCAUAAAACACCUACUUAAAACAAUCUUGGAUUGGAAAUCCGACUUUUGUGGCGAGCAACACUACAAACGAAUCAAAGAGGAGAAACAGAUUUCUGACCUCAACAAUCAAAUUACAAUUGAAAGGCUAGAAAAACAAGAUGCUGAUCGGAAAAUGAAGCAACUGGAAAAUUCCUCGGAUCAAAAAAAGAAAGCCGAUGAGAAAGCGCGAAAAUCACAGGAGAAGAUUGAUGAGAGGAGAAGAAAGCAUGAACAAGCGGAAUCAAAGAGGCAUAAGCGCGCCCAAGAUGAUAUUGAAAAAGAAAAAGUCAAAUUUCGGAAUCAGAGGAUGAUGCAAUGGCUACGAGAAGGUGUUCAAGAAAAUGAUCUUGAUGCAAAAGAGCUGGAGUAUCAAAGAUCCCUCGAAAGGGCCAAUGAAAUCAGUCAUUUGUCCCGCUCAGAGAAUCUUGAGACAGUUUGACUGUUCCGAGGAGAUAGAUAUCAGGAAUCAGACCACUUCUUAUUGUUGAUCCGGCUUGACAGCUAAUUAAGUUGUUAUCUCGAGCAAAGCCAACAAAGUUCUGAACUGU